AUGUCACGGCCUCGGCCACAGCCACAACCACGGGCGAGUCCGUUGAUUCCGCGGCCGGUUCCAGCACCCCAACCAAGAACAAAGAGCUUCUCCCUACCAAACGCCCUGUCGCGCGUGGGGACCCCGGUGGCCAAAGGGACCUGGAUCUUGGGUCGUGGAAACGAUUCCGAGGACAAUGGCGACGCCGCGACGCCGAGCGAGUCCAGCCGGUUCCUGGUGGCCGGAAUCGACAUCUUGGCGAAUCCUCGCCUGCCAGUCGUCCCCGAGUCGCCCCUGAAGGACCGCAGGGAGGCUGUCCUCUUCAUGCACUAUAUCGACACGUGCGACAAGAAGGCACACUUCGGAACUGAGGUGCCCAAACGGGCGCUUCGCAUUCCCCUCCUGGCAUACGGGAUCGUGGCAUUCGCGUGCCAGCACCUGGAGCUCACCACAAACUCGCAGGACACCGAGUCUGCUGGGUACUACAACCAGGCGCUGCGCCUGCUCAUCCCCGAGCUGGACCGCUCGGCCGACCACUUUGACGAGAACGUCCUCUGCGGCAUCGUGCUCCUGCGCCUCUACGAGGAGAGGUCGGGGCGGCCCAGCGGCAAGGACAUCACCGAGGGCCUGGUGUCCGAGGAGCUGGACAUGGGGACGCACCUCCUGGGCAGCUCCCGCGUGCUCAAGAACUUCACGUCGUCCGCCUCGGGCGGGCUCGCCGAGGCCUGCUUCUGGGUGGUGUUGAGGCAGGACAUGUUCAUCUCCCUCACGCGGUCCCAGCCCCCGAGCGCGCCACUAGAAAACAUCAUGGGCUCGCGCGCCUUUACUGAAUGGGACCCCGAGUCCAUCGCCAACAGGAUGGUCUAUCUCUGCAGCAGGAUACUCUCCUACGCCCUCGACCCCGUCAAAAACACCCAGACCACGUGGUGGGACCAGAUGGAUGCGGAGGUCGACGCCUGGAACAAGGCCAAACCGUGGCAUUUCCAGGCCCUGUGGCUCGAGGAGCCAUCGCAGAGCACAGCGGCCGCUACAGCGUUCCCAACCGUGCGGCUCGUGCGGCAUGGCUACGUCGCGGGAUACCAGCACUACCACAUGGCCAAGAUGCUUCUUGCAAUAUUCGACCCUCGGCUUUGUUCGAAUGGGUUUGACACGUUCCGCCAGAGGCAGAGGGCGGACAGGACAGCCCUCGCGCACCUGCGCACACUCAUAGGGAUCUCGAUAAGCAACCCGGAGGUGGUCAACUCCAGGUUCACGGCGACUCACUGCAUACAGGCCUGUGGGUCGUGCCUGAGGGACCCACGCGAGCGGGAGGAGGUCGUCACCUUCCUGGAGGACAUGGAGCAGCUGUCGGGAUGGCGGUGCAAGUACGUGAUCAAGAGGCUGAGGGAGGAGUGGUCACAGGACUACAUCAGGCAUAUCUAA